AUUUGGAUAAGGUCACAAAAAUAUCCUUCUAACAUCGAUUGGGUCUCGUCGGAUAUUUCGGUUCGGACUGAACCCCCAAAACCCCACUCUGCUCUGCUCACUCCUUCCUCUCCAUCUCUAAUGGCUAGUCCGGCCAUAUCAACACCUCUCGAUGUUCAUUUAACCAAACAUUCUGACUCAACCCGAGCCAUCUUCUUCACCUCACCAAAGCUCACCCACUUAUUCCCAAGAAGAAAAUCACUCUCCGUUUCUUGUUCCUCUUCCUCAAAGUCACCUCCAAAAUCUGACUCUGAAAAAUCCAAGCCUCUUUCUGAGCAACUCAAGCCUUUAAAAGCUAGCACUUUAUCAGACUCGUCUUCUUCUUAUGAAGACCAGCAAACCCAUCUCUUAUCGAAGCCCAAGUCCACUUGGGUCAACCCCGCAAGACCCAGACGUUCUGUCAUUUCGCUUCAGAGACAAAAAAAGUCUUCUCACUCUCACAAUCCUCAGUUGAGAGAACUGAGGCAGUUUGCCCAGAAGCUCAAUAACUCUCAAGAUGAUUCUGAAGUUGCUUUCAUGGCUACCCUUGAGGAAAUCCCGCACGCACCCACCAGAGAGAACGCGCUUUUGAUACUCAAUAGCUUGAGGCCAUGGCAGAAAACUCUUUUGUUCUUCAAUUGGGUGAAGACCCAGAAUUCGUUUCCCAUGGAAACUAUAUUCUACAAUGUGACAAUGAAGUCUCUCAGGUUUGGGAGACAGUUUGAGCUCAUUGAAGAACUUGCCAAUGAGAUGAUUAGUAACGAGAUUGUGCUUGAUAACAUUACUUACUCAACCAUUAUCACUUGUGCUAAAAGGUGUAGGCUUUUUGAUAAAGCUGUGGAGUGGUUUGAGAGAAUGUACACCACUGGUAUGAUGCCUGAUGAGGUGACUUACUCUGCUAUUCUUGAUGUUUAUGCCCAUUUGGGUAAAGUUGAAGAAGUACUUGGAUUAUAUGAAAGAGGGAGAGCUAGUGGUUGGAAACCAGAUGCCAUUACUUAUUCAGUUUUGGGGAAAAUGUUUGGUGAAGCUGGGGACUUUGAUGGGAUUAGGUAUGUGUUGCAAGAGAUGAAGUCUGCUGGGGUGCAGCCUAAUGUGGUUGUGUACAACACUUUGUUGGAAGCCUUGGGAAAAGCUGGGAGGCCUGGUUUGGCCAGGAACUUAUUUGAGGAGCUUAUCGAAUCGGGUUUGACUCCGAAUGAAAAAACCUUGACUGCCCUUGUCAAGAUUUAUGGCAAGGCGAGGUGGGCAAGAGAUGCAAUGGAGUUAUGGGAUAAAAUGAGGUGGAAUUCAUGGCCUAUGGACUUCAUCCUCUAUAACACGUUGUUGAACAUGUGUGCUGACCUGGGGUUGGAGGAGGAAGCGGAAAGGCUCUUUGGGGAGAUGAAGCAGUCAAAGAAUUCUCUCCCAGAUGGUUGGAGCUACACGGCAAUGCUCAACAUAUAUGGCAGUGGAGGGAAUGUUGAAAAGGCCAUGGAGAUGUUUAAUGAAAUGUCUGAGAGAGGUGUUCAGCUAAAUGUGAUGGGCACCACUUGUUUGAUUCAAUGCCUGGGUAAGACUAAAAGAGUUGAUGAUGUGGUGAAAGUUUUUAGUGUUGCGGUUGAGAAGGGAGUUAAACCGGAUGACAGACUUUGUGGUUGUUUGCUCUCUGUAAUGUCCUUAUGUGAGAAUGUUUAUGAUGAAAAUAAGGUCCUAGGUUGCUUGAUGCAAGCGAACCCGAAGAUGGUUGAUCUUGUUAAGUUGCUACAAGAAGAUAAGCCUAGUUUCGAAGCUGUGAAAGAAGAGUUUCGAGGCGUGAUUGGCAAGACUGCAAUCGAAUCACGAAGGCCCUUCUGUAAUUGCUUGAUUGAUAUAUGUCGAAAUGGAGGGCGCCAUGAGAGAGCUCAUGAGUUGCUCUAUCUGGGAACCCUUUAUGGUUUGUAUCCAGGUCUUCACAACAAGACUGCAAAUGAAUGGAGUUUGGAUGUUCGGUCUCUAUCUGUGGGUGCAGCCCAAACUGCACUAGAGGAAUGGAUGGGAACACUUUCCCGGAUUGUUCAGCGAAAAGAGGAGUUACCGGAGUUGUUUUCGGCGCAAACUGGGGCUGGAAAUCACAAAUAUGCUCAAGGAAUGGCAAAUUCUUUUGCUUCCCAUGUGAAGAAACUUUCAGUUCCGUUUAAGCAGUGUGAAGACAAAGCUGGUUGUUUUGUGGCAACAAGGGAGGAUCUAAUGUCUUGGGUACAAUCAAGGGUUCAGCCUGUUGUGACUGCCUAAUAUGAGAAACCAAACAUUGCGUAUAGUAUGUUUAUAGUUUGUGAGUUCUUUUUUUUGUUACAUGGGAAAGUAUUUUGGUUUUAUUUAUUAUUGCUUUUCAGUUUCA